CAACAGUACAGCCGAACGGGCAUUCGGCAACACAUUGACCACGCAGUCUCUAUAGCGCAGUUAUCUGUUACUUUGGUCGCAGACGACGAUAAUUGGGCGGCACGGAUGAACAAUUUAGGGUGCAUGCUUCAAAGUCGGUACGAGAGAACGGGGGCGACGGCAGACCUCGAGGAAGCCAUCGGCGUCGCCCGGCAGGCCGUCGAGGCCACGCCCGAUAACCAUCCCGACCGCGCAACCUGCUUAAAUAACCUAGGAAACAAGCUUCAGAGUCGGUACGAGAGGACUAGGGCGACGGCAGACCUCGAGGAAGCUAUCGGCGUCGCCCGGCAGGCCUCCGUCGAGGCCACGCCCGACGACCAUCCUAACCGCGCAGGCUGGUUAAACAACCUAGGAAGUGUACUUGCUUAUCGGUACGAGAGAACGGGGGCGACGGCAGACCUCGAGGAAGCUAUCGACUGCUUUCGUCAAACUUGGAACCUGGCAACUGCCAUUCCGUUCCGCCGCAUAUACGCUGCGAUUCGUUUGCUCAGAUUAUAUACUCUUCGGACCAACUUUGAUGAGGCUAUUCGCAUAGGCAAAGGCGCGAUCCAUCUUCUCCCGACUGUGAACACCAAGCUGCUCAGCAGUGACGAUCAGCAGCAUGUCAUUUCUACGUUCGCAGGUUUGGCGGCCAGUCUUUGCUCGUUACUUCUGGCAACGAAUCAAGUCGAAGAAGCGUUGCGCUACCUAGAAGAAGGCCGCGCAGUCAUUCUGAGCAAUCUGUUGGAUGCUCGGAGUGAUGCGUCGGUCGUGGCAGGCGCCCAUCCUGACCUCGCUCAUCGGUUCGAAGAGCUUCGACAAGAGAUCAAUGCACCGCUGCACGAACAUGGACCUGCUGUCGAGAGAGAGCAGCGCAUCAGCCGGCGUCGCCAGGCGAUACUAGAUUUCGAGGCCUGUGUCCAACAGAUCCGAACGAAGCCGGGCCACGAAAGGUUCAUGAUGGGGCUGACGGCAGCUGAGAUGCGACGUUGUGCGGCCGGGGGAAGCAUUGUUGUCGUCAACGUCAGCUCGUUCCGGAGCGACGCCAUCAUCAUCACGCCCACAAUCGUCAAAGCAGUUCCGCUCGCCAGGCUAUCAGCCUCUGACGCGCAGAAAUGGUUAGGCAAAGAAUGGAGCACGAAGAAGUCUCAGCGCGCGAAGAGCAACAAGGAGUACUUGGCGUACCUGGCCUGGCUCUGGGCGUUAUGCGUCGAGCAGGUCCUGAACGACAUACGCAUUCUCCAAGGCGUUCAGGGCAGCGAACUCCCCAGAGUGUGGUGGGUCGGAAGCGGCCUCGCCAGCUCAAUGCCAUUCCACGCCGCAGGGAUACACCGCAGAGGCUCGACGACGACGGCCUACCACAGGGCGAUUUCGUCAUAUGCACCGUCGAUCAAGACGCUCGCUCACGCCCGGAUAAGAGCCGACAAUCCAAAGACGUCAGGAUCCCUACUCCUGGUGACGAUGCCAACUACGCCGGCGAGGGAAGGCGAGAAAGCGCCGCCUGACCUUCCUGGCGUCGCAGCAGAGAAGGAUAUUAUGCUGGGAGUGACCAAAGGACAUCUAGCAGCCGAGCACAUGGAGGGUCCCAGCGUGGACGACGUUCUCGGAGCGCUGUCGCGUUGCUCUGUUGCGCAUUUUGCCUGCCACGGCUCGUCAGACCCCGUGGAUCCGUCCCAGAGCGGUCUGAUCCUGCAGCGACCGAGAGACGCGGCCCCCGACAGUGCUGGUGCCGCCGGUCUCGUCCAGGACAGAUUAUCGGUCGGGCGCAUGUCGGAGGUGAGCCUUCGGAAUGCCCGGCUGGCGUAUCUGUCGGCAUGCUCGACGGCGCAGAACAAGUCGGAUCGCCUCUCGGACGAGGUGAUCCACGUGGUGAGCGGAUUCCAGGUCGCCGGUUUCCCGCACGUCGUGGGCUGCUUGUGGCCGUCGAACGACAGGACGUGCGUGGAGGUGGCGAGCAGAUUCUAUUCGCGGCUUUUUGGGCAGGAGUCGCGAUGGCGCGAUGACACGGUUGCGAGUGCGCUGCGGGAUGCGGUGAUGGAGGUGAUGGAGGACGGGGAGUUGGAGGCGCCCCUGAACUGGGCGCCAUAUGUCCACUACGGUCCGUAG